CCUUCAAGACCUAACACUGUUCAUAUCUCUCCAAACACAGGCCCGUGGCUUUCACUUCUCUGUUGGUGAGAGCAAGAAGGCAUCCGCUAAAGUUUCAGACGCGAUUUCUACCCAGUACCCCGUGGUGGACCAUGAGUUUGAUGCUGUGGUUGUAGGUGCAGGCGGGGCAGGCUUGCGAGCUGCAUUCGGCCUUUCUGAGGCAGGCUUUAACACGGCAUGCCUUACAAAGCUCUUUCCUACCCGCUCACAUACUGUUGCAGCACAGGGAGGUAUCAAUGCUGCCCUGGGGAACAUGGAAGAGGACAACUGGAGAUGGCAUUUCUAUGACACCGUGAAAGGCUCUGACUGGCUGGGGGAUCAGGAUGCCAUCCAUUACAUGACAGAGCAAGCUCCUGCCUCCGUGGUUGAGCUAGAAAAUUACGGUAUGCCGUUUAGCAGGACUGAAGACGGGAAGAUUUAUCAGCGUGCAUUUGGUGGACAGAGCCUCAAGUUCGGGAAAGGCGGGCAGGCCCAUCGGUGUUGCUGUGUGGCUGAUCGGACGGGCCACUCACUCUUACACACCUUGUAUGGACGAUCUCUGCGGUAUGACACCAGUUAUUUUGUGGAGUAUUUCGCACUGGAUCUUCUGAUGGAAAAUGGGGAGUGCCGUGGUGUCAUUGCACUGUGCAUAGAAGAUGGGUCCAUACACCGAAUAAGAGCAAAGAACACUAUUAUUGCUACUGGGGGCUAUGGGCGAACCUACUUCAGCUGUACUUCUGCCCACACCAGCACAGGGGACGGCACAGCCAUGGUCACUCGGGCUGGUUUACCUUGCCAGGACUUAGAAUUUGUUCAGUUCCACCCCACAGGUAUCUAUGGUGCUGGCUGCCUCAUCACAGAAGGGUGCCGUGGAGAGGGAGGCAUUCUCAUCAACAGCCAAGGUGAAAGGUUCAUGGAGAGAUAUGCCCCUGUUGCCAAGGACCUAGCAUCAAGAGAUGUUGUGUCUCGAUCCAUGACUCUCGAGAUCCGUGAAGGAAGAGGCUGUGGCCCUGAGAAGGAUCACGUCUACCUGCAGUUGCACCAUCUGCCCCCUGAGCAGCUGGCCACGCGUCUGCCUGGGAUCUCAGAGACGGCCAUGAUCUUCGCCGGCGUGGAUGUCACUAAGGAGCCCAUUCCAGUCCUUCCCACUGUGCAUUACAACAUGGGCGGGAUUCCCACUAACUACAAGGGACAGGUGCUGAAGCACGUGAACGGCCAGGAUCAGAUUGUGCCUGGUCUGUACGCCUGUGGGGAGGCUGCCUGCGCCUCAGUGCAUGGUGCCAACCGGCUUGGAGCAAACUCUCUUUUGGACCUUGUCGUCUUUGGCCGAGCCUGUGCCCUGAGCAUUGCAGAAUCUUGCAGGCCUGGAGAUAAAGUUCCUCCGAUUAAGGCAAAUGCUGGAGAAGAGUCGGUUAUGAAUCUUGACAAGUUGAGAUUUGCUGAUGGAAAUAUAAGAACAUCAGAGCUGCGCCUUAGCAUGCAGAAGUCGAUGCAGAGCCAUGCCGCCGUGUUCCGUGUGGGAAGUGUGCUGCAAGAAGGCUGUGAAAAAAUCAGCCAGCUCUAUGGAGACCUGCAGCAUCUGAAGACGUUUGACAGGGGAAUGGUCUGGAACACAGACCUGGUGGAGACGCUGGAGCUGCAGAAUCUGAUGCUGUGCGCACUGCAGACCAUAUAUGGUGCGGAAGCACGGAAGGAGUCACGGGGAGCUCAUGCCAGGGAAGAUUACAAGGUGCGGAUCGAUGAGUAUGAUUACUCCAAGCCCAUCGAGGGCCAGCAGAAGAAGCCAUUUGCGGAACACUGGAGGAAGCACACCCUCUCAUAUGUGGACACCAAGACUGGGAAGGUUACUUUGGAUUACAGACCUGUUAUUGACAAGACCUUGAAUGAGGCUGACUGUGCUACUGUACCUCCUGCUAUCCGUUCCUACUGAAAAACCUGACAGCUACAGGACCAGCUUAUGUGAUUAUACAUCAUAGCUUACCUAGGUUUCCUCUCAUACUCGUCUUGUUAAAAUUGUGCUCUCAUGAACAAGGAGUCACUUCACAGAUUAUGAUCGACAGCUUGGCAGUACUCGAUGUGAGGGACUCGAGUUGCACCAGACUUUGUCACUUCAUUCUUGUGCAGUGAUAAACUGGCAUAAUUCUUAAAUGAUGUUCAAACGAACAAUCUUUUAUUUCUAAAUAAAACCACAUAGUAUUUGAGUUUAGUCCUAUCUAUUGGUCUGAAAUAGCAAAUACAAUUUUCUUCCCCUGUCUAGCUGAAGCAGUUGUGUUUUUCAAGUAUUGUUUUGUUUAUUCUCUGUGCCAUAUACUAAACUAGACUUUAAGGAAUGUGAAAUGUAAAUGGAAAAUAGAGAAAUAGGGUGGGUCCUUAAUAAUUUGAAGCAAAGUUUGGAUAUGGUAAGUAUCAAGCCAGUGCCUUGUUUAGGGGAGAGGUAUAUGCAUAUGUCUACGUAUAUUUGAUGGAGCAUGUGCUGGCUAGCUUUGUCAACUUGACACAAUCUAGCAUCACCUAGGAAGAGGGUCUCAGUGCAGGAUUGUGUCAGUUAGCUUGGUCCCUGGGCAUGUCUUAGAGGGAUUGGCUUGAUUAUGUUAAUUGUGAAGGGAAGACAGCCCACUGUGGGCACCACCAUUCUCUACACAAAGGAAUCUGGAAUGCAUAAGAACAAGCUGAGCACUCUCCAUGCAUGCAUUUAUUCAUGAAUAUAACUAGUUGCUUCAAGUUCCUGCCCUGACUUCCUUGAAAUGAAGGACUUUAACCAGUAAUUGUAAGUCAAAUAAACCCUUUCUGAAACUUG